CCUCAUCGGGUCCUCUAGCUCCGGAGGCCCCUUUACGUUUUCAGUCUCCGAAUUUCUUCGCUGACAUUAUGGCCAGUCAGAGCCGCCGAAGCACCGUCCUCCUCUCCCGUCUCCCAACCCCCUCCAUUACGAUUACUACUACCAGUAUUAUCACGAUUGUCACCUCGACCAUUUACUGAAAAGUCUCGAUUUUGCUAAUACGUUUGGUCCGUUUUGGACUGAAUUUGUGUUACUGAAGCAACUGGUAUCAAAAGUCUGAUUUCGUUAGGUUUGCGAGUUUUGGCUUCAUUGAAGAUAAGAGAUGGGGACGCUGAGGAGCUUUGGUCCGUGCUUGAGGGAAUCCGCUCCCCAUUUUCCUCGUCCUAAUUGCGGAGACAAUUACAAGAGGACGAAUUCUAAAUGGAGAUCUCUGCAAGCAGCUGUUAUACCUAAUUUCCAUCUCCCAAUGCGUAGUUUUGAGGUAAAAAAUAGGACAUCAACAGAGGAUAUAAAGUCUCUCAGGCUGAUAACUGCCUUCAAAACCCCAUAUUUGCCUGAUGGGAGAUUUGAUUUGGAAGCAUACGAUGACCUGAUGAAUAAACAGAUUGAACAUGGUGCUGAAGGUGUUAUUGUUGGUGGCACAACUGGUGAAGGCCAACUCAUGAGUUGGGAUGAACAUAUAAUGCUUAUAGGCCACACUGUGAACUGUUUUGGGGGAUCGAUCAAGGUUAUUGGGAACACAGGAAGCAACUCCACAAGAGAAGCCAUUCAUGCCACUGAACAAGGUUUUGCUGUUGGAAUGCAUGCUGCUCUUCACAUCAAUCCUUACUAUGGCAAAACCUCUUUGGAAGGCUUGGUUUCUCACUUUGACAGUGUGCUGCCAAUGGGCCCUACUAUCAUAUACAAUGUGCCAUCACGAACUGGCCAAGAUAUCCCUCCACGCGUGAUUCAUACUUUAGCACAAAGUCCUAACUUGGCAGGCAUCAAGGAAUGUGUUGGAAAUGAUAGGAUCGAAGAGUACACAAACAAGGGAUUUGUGGUGUGGAGUGGAAAUGAUGAUCAGUGCCAUGAUGCAAGAUGGGAUUAUGGAGCGACUGGUGUGAUUUCCGUCACUAGCAACUUAGUUCCUGGUUUAAUCCGAGAACUCAUGUUUUCGGGAAAGAACCCUUCCCUUAAUGCAAAGCUUUUGCCUCUUAUUGAGUGGCUUUUCCAGGAGCCAAAUCCCAUUGGGUUGAAUACUGCUCUUGCGCAACUAGGUGUCGUGAGGCCAGUUUUCAGAUUACCAUAUGUACCUCUUCCUUUGGCAAAGAGGAUGGAGUUUGUGAAUUUAGUGAACCAAAUUGGGCGGGAGCAUUUUGUUGGAGAAAAAGACGUCCAGGUCCUCGAUGAUGAUAAGUUCGUCUUGAUUGGUCGAUAUUGAUGAUGAUGAGUUUGUCUUGAUUCGUCGAUAUCAGUCACCUUUCAUGUUUAGGAACCAAAUUCCAAUGUCCAGUUUGAACUUGCCUUUGUUGGUUAUAUAUGUUUCAAAGAAAUGUUCGUUAAGUAAAUCUCCUGUUUUCAGUUCUGAGUGAAAAAUAAAGCUAGUUGAACCGACUAUCAGUGAGUGUUAUGCUCAUGGAUGUUUUGAGAUGAUGAUCUUUUUGUAGCAAUUUUUCUUGAUUGGAUUUGCCUGUUUGAAUAUAUAGUGAACUACUGGUUCUGGUUUUUCACUAAAUUUUAUGAGA